GUAUUAAGUACGAUUCUACCUAGAUAUUCUACGGGAGCUUCUCUAUGCCUAUCUCUCAUCUGCUUCCAUGCUCAACAAUCAUUACUAAACUGCCGGUCAAUCAAAACGAGGAGACUGUUGACUCUUACCGAUCCUGCCGGGUGCGGUACGGGUUCACGUAUACCCAUCUACUGGUACCCAUUGCACGGACACAAUGACCCGGCCCCGUCCUCUAGACACCAGCAAGAGGAAAGUCAAGACAGGGUGCCGUACUUGUAAGGCACGACGCGUAAAAUGUGAUGAAGGCCGUCCAGAAUGUCACCGCUGUGUGUCCACGGGCCGCAGCUGCGAAGGCUACGGCAUCUGGGGCGGCGGAAGAUGCACUGCAAAAGCCAUUACACCAAGAGCCCACACCGAUACAGUACAGUAUGCUCUGUCAAGUCUUUUUGGUGAACUGAGCCCUGAGCAAGAGUCAUGCUUCCAAUGGUUCAGAUAUCGUACCUACACGAAACUGCCGCUUCCCUUCGUCACCCCCUUCUGGAGCACUCUCAUCCUUCAGGCAUGUACUGCUGAGCCAGCCAUCUUACAUGCUGCGCUUGCACUGGGCUCGGCACAUCAAAAAGAAACCACCGAAGAAGGUAGACCAAGAGAAGAGUGUGUGGUUUUAGACUCACAGCAAAAAUUCAUGCUGCAGGAAUACGGCGAGGCUAUCCGCUCUCUCCAGUCUCAUCUCUUGAGUCAUGACAAAAGAUCUAUUCACGUAGCUCUAGCUGCGUGUGUGAUCUUCACCUUCUUUGAGAAUCUGCUUGGACGAUAUGUCGCAGCGAAUGCCCAUCUUCAUUCUGGGUUGAGACUUAUAGCAGAGGUAUAUGGCCCGCCUGAGCCCUUAGAUGGUGAAACUGCUAUUCAGAUAUCCCGGGGGUCCGUGGACGACUGGAUUAUCGAGACUUUCUCAAGGCUACAUGUUCAAGCAGCGCUAUGGGGCCAGGGGCUGCCUAAGCUCUACAUAGGGUCGCCAGGACUUCCGAACACUCCGAUCCCUACGUCUUUUGAAUCUACGAAUCAGGCCGCUCGCCACAUGGACCGACUAAUACUUGAUGUUUUGGACCUAGUAGAACAAUAUUACCUAUCAGACGGCGGUGCAACUCCUUGUACUGUAUAUGAUGAACGUCAACAAUAUCUCCUCAACCAGCUCAACCUAUGGCUGAUGGCAUACAACGCUACAAACAAAGAAGUCGAUGAAAGGUUUUCUAUUGUAGACGAGUUUUACUUGAAGUUGUUGGGUGCCUACCAGACUAUGGCAGUCAUCAUUUUAAAAACAUGCACUUCGUCUGCGUGCGAAGUCAUGUACGACUUACACACCGCAGACUUCUAUACCCUUUUGGAGCAACUAGUGGGGAUCUGGAAAGCACACAUCGCCCGGCCGGCAUGGCGCUUCCACCCGCCAACAGCAGACAUGCCUCGGAAGAUAUCCCACUCGGUUGGUGAUAAGGGGUGGAUCCCUCUACUCUAUUUUCUAGCCGUUAAGUGCCGGGUUCGCCGGAUCAGGUUGCAAGCAAUUAAGUUGCUCUCCCAAACUGCACAUAAAGAGGGUAUAUGGGACUCGAGGCUAGCGCUUAUUGUUGCCAAAGAGAUUGUGCGAAUCGAAGAGGAUAAUGACUACGAAGAUAUGGAUAGAGAAGAUAGGUUUAGUAUCAUCAGCAUACCUGCUGAGCACGAGAUUGCACCCCCGUCGGUCCCAGAAUAUCGCCGAUUGUACAACAUCCACGUAGGACUCCCUGCGCAUCCCCAAGGCGUUUUAACGCUAGAAUAUAAGCAACGACAAGCGAACGUAUAUGGCGUGACCAGGCAAAUACGAUGUUAUGAUCUUCAGUUGAGGCGUUGGGCGGACGUUGUAGAUUCCCCGGUCUAAUCAUCUUCAAAGCGGUCCGACGGAACUAAUGAGGGAGUCCACACAAUGAUGUACCAUACUGCAACGACCCUUAGAAUGAUCAAAAGUUUCUCGACGGCUGAGGGCUCAAGCUCAGGCUAGGCCCGUCACGUGAUUGCCUUCCUCAAGUAGCGAGACCGGCUCUACAGCUGUCGCCGUCGAUGAUGCUCUACUUCUCAUACUGCCUUGUUUAAAAACUUAAAGUAUUGCAGAAACAAAUGAUCUGAUGGUAGUAUAUUGCAUUCUCAUCGCUUCUUUGUUUGACAUCACGAAUGGCGCGGCAAUUGGACCUGUCAUCUCCACCCUAAGAAGUGACACGAAUCCUCAGAAUGACGUGGAAGCCUAUGGCAAAUUAGGCCUGCAA